GGCUGCAUAGAAAAAUUUACGGAUUAUUAAAUACAUAAAUACAUAAAUUAAUAAAUAUCAUAAUAUUGAUAAAUCGGUCGAUUACCCAAACAGAUAACUAAUACAAGUUUUAAAAAUUAUUAAAUAAAUUAAUAGCAAUAAGCAGUCAAUAUGAGUGCAUGUAAAAAAAGAUAAAAACCCAUAAUUUUAUUGGCUUGGAUGAGUAAUUUAAGAGCAAGAAAACACUGCAAAAAAAUUGUUAAAAUGAUUUCACAUCAAUAUAUUAGUAAAUGUUUAGACAAUGCCGAGAAUUCCUGCGAAUUGUACUGCGAGCAACUGCAAAACAAACGAUCCAACUUUGCGAAAAAGCAAUUAAUAGCCUUUAAUGCAUCGUACGGAAUAUUUUAUAUAAUAAAUAUUGUUCUAUUAUCAACGGUUUUAGUUGCCAAUGCGCUGCCUCCAGUUAUUCGAGUUGGAGCUAUAUUUACUGAAGAUGAACGCGAAGGUAGCAUUGAAUCGGCAUUUAAAUAUGCGAUCUAUCGCAUCAAUAAGGAAAAAACUCUUCUGCCCAAUACACAACUUGUCUAUGAUAUUGAGCAUGUGCCUCGGGAUGAUUCGUUUCGGACCACGAAGAAAGUCUGCCGACAAUUGGAGGCCGGAGUUCAGGCAAUAUUUGGACCAACAGAUCCAUUACUUGCCGCCCAUGUGCAAUCCAUUUGCGAAGCCUUUGAUAUACCACAUAUUGAAGUUCGCAUUGAUUUGGAAAUGAAUGUCAAAGAGUUUUCUAUCAAUUUGUAUCCGUCCCAGAACAUUAUGAAUUUGGCUUAUCGUGAUUUAAUGAUGUACUUGAACUGGACAAAAGUUGCAAUUAUUUACGAAGAGGCUUAUGGACUCUUUAAGCAACAGGAUCUUAUUCAUUCCUCUGCAGAGAUGAGAACCGAAAUGUAUAUAAGGCAAGCAAAUCCGGAGACCUAUCGUCAAGUUUUACGUGCAAUUCGCCAAAAGGAAAUUUACAAAAUAAUAGUUGAUACAAAUCCAACUAAUAUAAAAACUUUUUUUCGAUCCAUUUUACAGCUGCAAAUGAACGAUCAUAGAUAUCAUUAUAUGUUUACGACAUUUGAUCUGGAGACAUUUGACCUUGAGGAUUUCAGAUACAACAGCGUUAAUAUUACAGCAUUCCGCUUAGUUGAUGUUGGAAGCAAACGUUAUCAGGAGGUUAUCGAUCAAAUGCAAAAAUUGCAGCAUAGCGGAUUGGAUAUGAUCAAUGGAAUGCCAUAUAUACAGACGGAGUCUGCUCUAAUGUUCGAUUCAGUGUACGCCUUCGCAUAUGGUCUUAAACAUUUAGAUAACAGUCACACAUUAACGUUUAAAAACCUUUCCUGUAACUCAGACAAGACCUGGAGUGACGGACUUUCACUAUAUAAUUAUAUAAACUCGGCUGCACUUGAUGGCCUGACCGGAAAAGUUAAUUUUAUGGAGGGUCGACGAAAUAAAUUUAAGAUUGACAUUCUAAAACUAAAACAAGAAAUAAUACAAAAGGUCGGCUUUUGGCAACCGGAUGUGGGUGUAAACAUUUCGGAUCCAACUGCAUUUUACGACUCGAAUAUUGCGAACAUUACAUUAGUAGUAAUGACCCGAGAGGAGCGUCCAUAUGUUAUGGUUAAGGAGGAUGCAAAUCUAACUGGAAAUGCUAGAUUUGAAGGCUUUUGCAUAGAUCUACUAAAGGCAAUAGCGCAACAAGUUGGCUUCCAAUAUAAAAUUGAGUUAGUCCCCGAUAACAUGUACGGCGUGUAUAUACCGGAAACGAAUUCCUGGAAUGGAAUCGUGCAAGAGUUAAUGGAAAGGCGAGCUGAUUUGGCUGUCGCUUCUAUGACAAUUAACUAUGCUCGGGAAAGUGUUAUUGACUUUACUAAACCAUUUAUGAACCUGGGAAUUGGCAUUCUUUUCAAGGUGCCGACAAGUCAACCGACCCGACUGUUUUCCUUUAUGAACCCAUUGGCAAUCGAGAUAUGGCUUUAUGUGCUAGCUGCUUAUAUCUUAGUAUCCUUCGCCUUGUUUGUGAUGGCUCGAUUUUCACCGUAUGAAUGGAAAAACCCACAUCCAUGUUAUAAGGAAACUGAUAUCGUUGAAAAUCAGUUUUCAAUAUCAAACAGUUUUUGGUUUAUAACGGGUACAUUUCUACGACAAGGAUCUGGCCUUAAUCCAAAGGCUACAUCUACACGAAUUGUUGGCGGUUGCUGGUUUUUCUUUUGUUUAAUUAUAAUAUCUUCCUAUACUGCCAACUUGGCUGCCUUUUUGACAGUGGAGCGCAUGAUAACACCUAUAGAAAGCGCAUCAGAUUUGGCGGAUCAAACUGAAAUAUCAUACGGAACUCUCGAAGGAGGAUCAACAAUGACAUUUUUUCGCGAUUCAAAAAUUGGUAUAUAUCAAAAAAUGUGGCGAUAUAUGGAAAACAGAAAAUCAUCUGUAUUUGUAAAAACUUAUGAGGAUGGAAUAAAGCGCGUUAUGGAAGGCAACUAUGCAUUCCUUAUGGAAUCCACAAUGUUAGAUUACGCCGUACAGCGCGACUGUAAUCUAACACAAAUCGGAGGAUUGCUAGACUCUAAAGGUUAUGGUAUUGCAACACCAAAAGGAUCACCAUGGAGGGAUAAAAUCUCUUUAGCGAUUUUAGAGCUGCAAGAGAAGGGCAUUAUUCAGAUACUCUACGACAAAUGGUGGAAAAAUACCGGAGAUGUGUGCAACAGAGACGAUAAAAGCAAGGAAUCUAAAGCUAAUGCUCUAGGUGUUGAAAAUAUUGGUGGUGUAUUUGUUGUACUCCUUUGUGGCCUUGCGCUUGCCGUAGUUGUUGCCAUUUUUGAAUUUUGUUGGAAUUCGAAGAAAAACCUACAUACCGACAAUCAAUCCCUGUGCUCCGAAAUGGCCGAGGAACUGCGCUUCGCAAUGCACUGCCAAGGGUCCAAGUCAAAGCAAAAGCCGGCAUUGAAGCGCGAUUGCCUAAAGUGCGCUCCGGGUUCGACAUACGUUCCGACUAAUGUAACUCUACCAAAUUUGGGCGUUCAUUACAAUUACUUUAACUGAAAAUGAAGAUUUAAAUGAUAUUCAAAUCUAGAUUUGAGCGCGCUAGUAAUGUAAGUCGAUAGGGGAAUAUUGAUAUCGAUAUCGCAAGGGCACAUCGAUGUUAAUAUCAAAUAUCGGUAUUGCUUUAAAAUAUCGAUAUCGAUUUUUAAAAUAAGUUGUGUACAUCAGUUACUACGUUUAUAUGGAGCUUUUCAUAACUUCUUCAAUUUGCAAAAGUGGUCUCCGUAUAAGCAAAGUAAGUAAGUAUUUAUUCAUAAGUACUUACACAUAUGCAUUUUCUAAAAUGAAAUUAUUUUUGUAUCCAGAAUUUCAAAAAUAUAAUAAAAUAUUUGAGCCAAAGUAAACUUAA